GUUGCGGUGGUAACCAGCGUUGUAUGGUCGCUUAUCCAAUUUCGCGCGAAAGCGUACUAUUUUUCAUGUUAAAAAUCACGUUUUGUGCCCGUUAAACAAUUAAACGGUUCGCGAGCGAUAUGGACUCGUACAAUCCAAUGGAUACGGAAAUGUGAAUCCUCACCUGGAAACUUCGAGUCACGCGAGAGGAAGCAACAGGGAAACGCGAGGGUGGGGGGAGCUGUAGUCCAAUCGAAGAGUGGCCGGCUGAAGUGGGGGGACCUUUGAGGCCCCUCAACGAAUUUAUCAACAACGGGGCCUCAGGGGGUGUCAAUAUGACCCCUGAUGAUCCAGCUCCGGAUGAAGAGUUUGCUCUGGCAGUCACCCAAAAAUCGCAAAGAGAUGCAGAAUCAAUUCGAGGAGCUUUAUUUUUAGGAGGAGCUUUAACGAUAGCCUGGAUAGUUGGGGCCGCAGGACUAUCCUUGGCAUGGUUAGUGCUGGUUUUGGCAUUAGUAGGCACCAUAGUAAAGGGCAGACUAUCUCGAUUACUUCAGACAGCUCUCCAUCACGAUUUAGCCAGAUUGCGAAGAAGAAGGGCUCUUUAUAAGGACGAAACCGCCGAAUGGCUCAGUCUUCUAGUUAACAGAUGGUGGAGAUUCAGUUCUGGGAGUAUAUUUUCAUUGGCAAAGGAAAGACUCGAACCUCUGUUGAAUGAAGCAAAGCCUGGAAUUCUAGGACCCUUGGAAUUGAGGGAGCUGACAUUCGGUGAGCAAACACCCUGUCUCACCAGAAUAAGAACCCUCGAUUAUAGUGGCGAUGAUGACUCCCUUGGAAAUCGCCCCGGGAGGACCAAAUUGUCCAUUGAAGCUGAUUUGCGAUUGGAUUGCGAUCAAUUUCGCAUGCUCAUCACAACCAGGCUGUUUGGAAAAGGAGUUGGCAUGGACGUCGACUUGGCAGUAGAAAAAUUAUCCCUGUCUGGAACAAUUUUGGUGACCCUAACCCUCGACUCCAUGGCACCUUUUCCACAUGCAACUCACUUGAGUGUCAGUUUUAUCGAGAAGCCUGAUGUCUGGUUUAGUGUAAGAGUUUUAAGGGCAGUGCAAAUGAUGGAGGUACCACUCGUGAAGACCUGGAUACAUGCAGUUGUCUCGGACGCUCUUGCAAGUUGGUUGGUCGAUCCAGGUCAUUUGGAACUAGAUCUCAGGGCUCAGGAAAGACCUGGACCAGGAUUCGACACUGUGAUGAAUUCCAUUCCUCAAGGAGUUCUCACUGUCACCUUGAGCCAAAGUGCAUGUCCCCCAGCCCUUAGUGAUGAAGUCAGAUGGUUGGUGGUGACGAUUGGAGAUCAAAGAAGAGUCACUGCCCAUUUAAAUUCCACAUGGACUGAAGAUGUUUCCUUCCUGGUUGGACCUCUGGAUAAUGAGAGGAUCACUAUAAAAUUAAAAGUCAAAAGAAUCGUCAGCACCAUCACCUUGGCUCAAUUUGAAUUAGCCCUGGGAGUUUACAACUGGGAAACGUCACAAGUGGUCGAGACACUUCUCCAGCAGAAGAAACCUUCGAGAAACAGCGCCAAUAUACCAAAUAUUAAUGCAAGACUGGAAUAUGCCUCUUUACCAAAAUUGGAUCCGGAUUUACCGCAACCGAGUCUAACCGAAGAAACAAACUCACACCCUGCUGGAGUCCUGGUUGUUUACAUUCAUUCAGCCGAGGAUUUGACCAGCGAUCCAUCCCAGUGCAAUCCUUAUUGCAUGUUGUUCAACAACCGUAAAAAGGUCAAGACGACUCAUUACAUAAGGGGCACCACUUCCCCUUGUUGGGAGGCGAGGACCGAGUUCCUGGUUCAAGAUUACACUCAGGUUUCUCUUAGCUUUGUCAUUUACUCCUGGAACAUCUCCAAAAUGGCAGACACGGACAUGCUUGGCCUGUCGAUGCUUUCUUUAUCUCAGGGAACUAGGUGGGUCGUGAGGAAAGAAUUAGUAUUGAGUGGUUCAACCAACAUGUCCACGUUGACAGUGUCGGUUUUAUUCUAUCCUGUGAAGAGUGUUCAGCAAGUAGUCACAAGUAGAAGAAACAGUGUGAUUCCUCCAUCCAUAGACGAAGAACCAAAGUCCAAAAGAAAUAGUAUUCCUUGGAUGCAGCAAGCAGUAAGUCAUCCCAAAAAUAAGCUGCUUUUAUCUCACAGAGACGUAGACCCUGCGUCUUCCGACAUUUCCAGUUUACUUUCAACCGGAAGUGGUUUAAUGGAAGUUACACUCAUGAGAGCAAAAGAUUUAGUCGCCAAGGAUUUAAAUGGAUUUAGCGAUCCAUAUUGUGAACUAAAAUUAAACAACGAAACAAAGUACAAAAGUAGCAUAAAAAAGAAGACAUUAAAUCCUUCCUGGGAUGAAAGCUCUAUUAUGGGGUUACCUAGAAAUGGAGAAACUUUGGAUGUGAUAUUAUGGGAUCACGACACUUUCUGCAUGAAAGAUUACUUAGGGAAAGUGUCUUUGACUCUCGAAGAUAUCAGAAGGCUUUCGAACAGCGAUCAGUCUCACUGGUUUACUUUAAGAGGAACCAAGUCGGGAUCUGUUGAGCUAAAAGUGAAAGUUCUAACUGAAGAGUGUGAAACGCAAAGUACAUAUGCUGCAAGCAACAUCAGUGAAGCUUCCACUCGACCAAGUGCAGAACCCGAAACGAUAUCAAAUAUAUCAAGUAUAGUUCGGAGGCCCUCGAUGGAAAAAUCGAAAAUGAGGCUUCAUUUGGAACCAGUUGUUCCUCCACCACCUCCACCUCGAACUGUUACUUUAUUAAAACCACCUUCUUCUAAUCACUCUGAAAUUUAUUUUUGUCCUGUAGACAAAGCUAGCACAACCAGCAAAGAUUCUAAUGAAGUUAAUGGAGGAACGAAUUCUUGGACUCCUAGAGUGAUGACAGAAAAUAUUUCUGAUGCUCUCGAUGAAGCUGAUUCGACUCCAAAAUUAGUAGAACGGAGGUCUUCUCAUCAUAGCUUAACUCCGAGUCCUGAGCAAAGCUUUGGGAAGAAGAUGCCUCAAUAUAAUAGUUUUAGAGUCAUGAAGCAGAAGAUGAAGAGGGGUCUAAAACUUCGAAGGUUUCGUUCUGAAGUUAAUAUUGAAGACAAGUGUGAUAGCAAAGGAGUUACUUUAAGUUUGGAACCAAGAGGAGGUGGCGAAGCAGAUGCAACCGAACUUUUGCAAGGAGCUUUGUCGCAUGCUGUAUCCCAACCAGACAUGCUCGGUAGGGUAAGACAACCUAGUCCUCGACUAAGGAUGAGGCCAAAUGAUUUAAAAAUUCUGAAUGGAGUGAGGGAGAAGUAUUCUGGAAUCGAAGGAAAGGUCCUUCAAGCACAGGGUCUUCAUGUGGCUCAUAUAGCACAACUCUAUGUUCGAGUCAAGUUCCAAACGUGUACAAGCCCUGAUAAAAUCUUGUCUUCGAUCAAUAGUGGGAAGACAAUAGCAAAGUCUCGAUUGUUACCAGCGAUGCCUAAUCCGCAAUUUAGUAUCGAUUUCCAAAUUGAUGGAGACAGUAUUCCAAGGCAAGCUAUGCUUGUUUUUGAAAUUAGGAGUGCUAGCAAAGAAUUACUCGCUAGUCGAAAAAUUACUCUUCAUGAAUUGCUAGGAGCAACUGCAGCCACGAAUGAAGUUCACACCUGGCUGGCUUUAAACAACGGAGCAUCACUCGAAAUUCAAAUAGCUCACGGUCGAGAAAUCAAGAGUAAGUCUGCGAAGAAAUUAUUCCGAUCGUGGUCUGUGCACCGUAUCGGGAAAAUAUGAGAACAAAUGCAGGUCAGAGGAUUCUGACACCAAAAGCACUGCCGGCCUUGCUGCUCGAAGGAACAAGAGGAAUGAAGUUGAAAAAAGCGCCCCCCCCCACACUCCUCCAAAAUAGCACCUGAUAUUGAUUUGCAAGGUUGCUAUCAUUGUUGUGCAACGUUGGUGCAAAGUUGAUGCAACGUGGAUAUAAAGUUGGUAAACGUUGAUACAAAGUUGAUGUAAAUUCCGUACAAAGUUGAUGUAAUUUCUUUGCAAUGUUGGCGAAACAUUGAUGCAACUUUGACGCAGCGUUGGUGCAAAAUUAAAGGAAUGUUGAUACAAAGUUGAUGCAAUUUGAUUUCAGAUCUGCUCAAAAUAUUAGUGCAACGUUGAUAAGAAUUCAUUACAGCGCAGAUGUAAGGUUGAUGUAAAUUUGAUACAAAGUUUAUGCAAUUUGCUUGAAACGUUGGUGAAACUUUGAAGCAACGUUCAUGCAAAGUUGAUUAAAUUUUGGUGCAAAGUUGAGGCAAUUCGGUUGCAACGUUGCUGAAAUGUUGUUUCAACAUUGAUACAAAGUUUUUGCAACGUUGAUAACAAUUUGAUGCAAAGUUGAUGCAAAGUUGAUAUAAAUUCGAUACAAAGUUGAUGCAACUUGUUCGCAUAGUUGGUAAAAGAUUAAUGAAAAUUUAAUGCAACAUUGAUUAAAUUUUUUUGCAAAGUUGAUGCUAUAUUGAUACAAAGUUGAUGCAAUUUGGUUUCAACGUUCCUAAAAAUUAGGUACAAUGCGCAUGCAAAGUUAAUGUAAAUUUGAUACCAAGUUGAUGCAAUUUAGUUGAAACGUUGGUGAAACUUUGAUGCAACGUUCAUGCAAAGUUGAUUGAAUGUUGGUGCAAAAUUAAGGCAAUUUGGCUUCAACAUUGCUGAAAUGUUGGUUCAACGUUGAUACAAUGUUGGUGUAAAGUUGAUGCAAAUUGGUUGAAUCGUUGGUGAAACUUUGAUGCAAAGUUCAUCCAAAGUUGAUUGAAUGUUGGUGAACAGUUGAGGCAAUUUGGUUUCAACGUUGCUGAAAUGUUGGUGUAGCUUUGGUGCAAAGUUGAUACUAAUUCGGUACAACGUUAGCGCACAGUUGAUGCUAAUUCGGUGCAACGUUGAUUAAAUGUUGUUGCAAAGUGAAGGCAAUAUCGAUAUAAAAUUGAUGCAAUUUGGUUUCAACUUUGCUGAAAUGUUGGUGCAACGUUGAUACAAAGUUAGUGCAAAGUUGAUGUAACUUCAAUACAAUGUUUAUUAAAUGUUGCUACAAAUUUCAGGCAAUAUUGAUACAAAUUUGAUUCAAUUUGGUUGCAACGUUCCUGAAAAGUUGCUGCAACGUUGAUACAAAGUUGGUGUAAGGUUGAUACAGAUUUCGUGCAACGUUGAUUCAGAUUUGGUGCAAAGUUGGUGCAAAGUUGGUGCAAAGUUGAUUAAACGAUGCUGCAAUGUUGAUACAAAGUUUAUAAAAUGUACGUGAAACAUUGCUGCAACGUUUAUGUCAUGUUUCGUGCUUUUAGGGCCCGAGUUAGAAACUUGUUUCCAGGCGCAAGGACCUUUAAAGAAUGUGAGUGAAUGCAAAAACAAUCCUUCCCUGAAUUUAAAAAACCCCUGCUGUAAAUAAAAUGAGACGAUAGUUUUAUAGGCGAUAUCGUAUCAUUCCACCAGAUGUAAUUAGAAAUACCAUAAUUUACAAACUUUC